AUGAGAGAGGUCUUGAAUAAAUGCGGAGAAAAUGAACGGAUCGUGAUGUUAGGGGACUUUAAUGGAUGGGUUGGAGUAAAGCGUGAUUGGUAUGUAGGAGUUCUGGGUACGUUUGGGGACGAGAGAGUGAAUGACAAUGGGAGAAACCUGCUUGAAGUAUGUUUGGAAUGGGAAUGGAAUUUGUGCGUGGCCAACACAAUGUUUGACCACAAAAAGAUCCAUUUGUAUACAAGAGAUGAGGGUGAGUUUAGAAGUAUGAUUGAUUUUAUAAUUGCGGAUGCAAGACUGAGGAAGAAGGUGUUAGACACUCGGGCAUACCGAGGUGUAAACCUCGACACAGACCACUUCCUGGUCAUAGCCCGAAUGCGUGCCCUCUUUAAAUGGUGGCAACACCGAGGGGCCGAGCUUACGAGUUUUCUGGACGGAGUAAAAGUGGAAAAUCUACAUAAAAAAGAAAAUAAGGAUGAGUAUGUAAAGAAACUGAAAGAAAGUUUUAUAGGCAUAGAAGAGAUAGGUGUGAUUGAAGAUUUGUGGAGACAUUUAAGAAAGGGGUCGUGA